AUGCUGGGUACGACAAGGAGUAAAAGUACAGGUAAGCGAGUAUAUGUGGUUGCACAAGAAGGGACAAGCCAACCACCACCUAGUCAAGCUGUUCAAAUCCAAUUAUUGACUCGUAUAACUGCUGGCCAUGGUCAAAGGCAAGAAGGUCUAGUUGUGGGUACUAGUGGUGUAGAUAGACCAGCUGGCAUUCGGAUACGUGAUUUCCUUAAUUUUGACCCUCCAUCAUUCACCAGGUCAGAUCCUAAUGAAGAUCCACAACACUUUAUAGAUAAGAUCCAAAGCACUUUCGAUGUUAUGCAUGUAAGUGGUAAAGAAGUGCUCGAGCUAGCAACAUAUAGAUUAAAAGGUGUAGCUAUAUCGUGGGGUGUGAAUGGUGUGGCACAACCUACUAGAUUAAUUGUUGCAUCAUCAUCAUCAACACCUUCUUUAGGUAGGGGACAAAUGCCUACCGAUCGUGGUAGAGGAGCUAGGGGAGCAGCUAAUUCUAGUAUAGUUCAGAAUUGCACAUAUAAUCAAGCAGAUCAACAAAAUUUGGAAGCCUCUCUGGAUGUGGUUACAGGUCAUAUUGUAGCUGCCGAAGGAAUAAAGGUUGAUACUCAAAAGAUAGAAGCCGUGAAAAACAUGCCAAACCUACAAGGCCUAUGGAGAUCCGUAGUUUUCUUGGAUUGGCAGUUUAUUACAGAAGAACGAACGGAAGGGUAUGCAGUAUAUUGUGAUGCUUUGGGAGUGGGACUAGGAUGUGUAUUGAUGCAACAUGGUAAAGUUAUAGCUUAUGGCUCAAGGCAACUUUGGCCAUAUGAAAAAAAUUAUCCAACUCAUGAUCUGGAGCUAGCAGCAGCUGUAUUUACUGUGACGAUAUGGCACCACUACUUGUACUGA